UUUCCGGCUCUGCGCCUCAGCAUGGCUGCUUGGGGUAUAUUGCUAUCUACAGGUGUCCGGAGGCUGCACUGCGGAACGGCGGCUCAGGCGGGCAGCCAGUGGCGACUCCAGCAGGGCUUUGCUGCCAACCCCUCUGGCUACGGACCUCUUACGGAGCUCCCAGACUGGUCUUACGCGGAUGGCCGCCCUGCUCCUCCAAUGAAAGGCCAGCUUCGAAGAAAAGCACAAAGGGAAAAGUUUGCAAGACGAGUUGUACUGCUGUCACAGGAAAUGGAUGCUGGGUUACAGGCAUGGCAGCUCAGGCAGCAGGAGAAGUUGCAGGAAGAAGAAGGCAAGCAGAAGAAUGCUCUUAAAUCCAAAGGGGCUCUACUUCAGAACCCACAACCAAGUCAAUAAAAAGCAACUCCUGUCUCCCUUCCCCAGCCUGUGUCUGGCUUUCUUUUCCAUCACCUAGACCCGGCCUCCCAGCCAGAGGAAAAACUUUAUGCUCCCCAUCUGUCUCCCGGGCAAAGGAGGAAAGACACCAAGAAGAACCGUCUGUAAGGUUACUGCCUAGAAGGGAUGGCUCGGUGCCCCCACCCCCAGCUCCUUUCCAGUUCAAAGGAAUCUUGCUCUGGGAUAUUUACCGCCUCUUUUUCAGGCCAUGGGACUAGCCUAACUAUGAGCUAUAGCUCUGCGAAAACAAAAAAGGGGCAACAAACGAAAAAGGGGCAACAUUUUUCCUGCUUUUAGCCAGGGACCCAAGCCUUUUAACAGCCCAUAUACAGCUCAGGCUGCAUGCAGUUACACAUUUAAUAAAUGUUUUGAUGAAAAAGG